UCUGGUCACACCUGCAUCCCUGACAUUACACCAAGGCCAUAAACCUGACCAGAAGUGGCUGCACAGGGAGGCCAUCUUGGCUUAUUGUUGCUGGGAAGGAUGGAUCUUGAUGAGGUGGUGUAUUUUUCUCUGCUAGUGUUUGAUGAAAAAGACUAUGCUUAUCAGACUCUUAAGGAGUAUACCCAGGAUCAACUGCUAGAGUGUAUAAGGAUCGCUCAUUGUCUAGUUGAUCAGGGCACAGAGUUUUCUGAGGUGCAGCCAUUGAUCCAGGUUUGUGCUGAGUUGGCUCAGUCCUGUACCCCUGAAAGCAGGGAUGACUUUUUUCCCCCAUUUAGUGUGGAUCAAGUGGAAUCACUGGUAUGGUUGUUGGAGGAUGAUCCAGAUUGUUUCCAUGAGCACUAUGCAGCAGGUCCAUCACAUGUGCUUAUGGAUUGCAUAAACGCAGUGCAGUCUUUGAUCAGACAGGCUAGGUGUAAGCUGAGUUUUGUUAAACCAGUACUGCAGACAUGGACAUAUUUGUUACACCCAGCCUCAGUUGGCUUGCAACAUCAUUCCUCUGCUCAAGGCACUCUUCCUGCAUCCCCGACAGCACCCCCAGUGAUGGCCCAGUAUACUCUGCUAACUACCACAUACCACUCCCCUGCUCCCACUCGCUGCACCUAUCCUUUCUUCAACCCUGUAAAGAAAUCCUCUUUAGCAACUGCUCCCUCCUCUGUUCCCUCCUCCAGCUCUUCUCUGUCUCCAGCUGCUCCAUCC